UUUAAUUAUUAAUAAAUAUAAAUAGUUUUAGGAGGGAAUUUACACUAGAAUUCGAGCACUGAUGAAUUUUUACACCUGACAAUGUUCUCAAUGUCCUGAGAUGUAUUUUGAUUUGUAAUUUUUAAUUUUUUGUCAUCAAUGAAUAAUGUAUUGACGCUGGAAUUAAGUGAAAGGUUUUUUAACGAAAAGUUUAUAGAUUUGUGUUUUGUAUUUCCUGACAAUUUUGGGCCACAAUUUGCCAAAUUAACGGAAGACUGUAAAGAUUUAAUAUUUGAUACUAACACUUUUAAUGUUUUAAAUUCCGAAAAACGCGUGUACUAUUACACAAUUUUACCAAAUAAUUUAACUAAAUUCUUAAAAUCGGCCGAAGAAUGUUUAAAAUUUCUCGAGAAAAUAAACUUUAUCGGCGAUCAAACUUAUUUUGACACCGUUUCCAAUCAGCUGAAAACCCCCAAAAUCACUUCCUCUUAUGAAAAAUUUGUUUACGAAAACUUAAAGCUUGUUAAUAGUUUACUUGGAUUUUCAUUUUCAGUGCCAGAACUCGCAGGUUCCUCAGCUAAAUCCAACUUUGAACCAAGAUGUAACAUCAGUGAGAAUUUUAUUCUUGGCGUUGUUGAGUCUGGAUUAUCUUUCUUUUAUGUUCCGUACGAGCAUUCGGCUGUGAAGUUUUUGGGCUUUUCUACAAUUGGAGUCAUGACCAUAAUGUCCACAUUUUACCUCUUUGUCAACAACUUCUCACCCCUUGUCAAUGACUACAAUAAGUAUAAAGAAUUUACAUUUGACGAUAUUGUCUCUCUGGCUACGGGCGGAGAUAACUCGAAAACUGACAUACUCGUCUCUGACAUUUACGACUCCUAUUCCACAGUCAUUAACCUCCCUCCAGAACUCCAAGCCUCAACCUUUGGUAAACUACAAACUCCUCAGUUAAACACAAUGAACUCGGGGGAUACAACUAACUUGGGGGAUACACGAGGAUUUACGGGAAUUGUUAGGAUUGAGGAUUUUUGUAAAUCGUUGAUUAGUUUAUUCGCGGAAAGCAUUGCUCAGCAGUGUGUUCCACGGGCAAUUAUUCAUAAUUCCACAACGAUAUUACUUGUUGGUUUAGUGUUUAGGAAUCGGCGUUUAUGCUCGUUGGUUCUUGAGAAGAUUCGAAUGUUCUCAGGAGAUGUUAAGGUUUUAUUCUCGGCAGUUAAUUCACUGGCAACCGUUUUAUCCGCAUUAAAAUCUUAAUUUUCACACAUUGUGAUUUUAAUUUUCUACACAUUGUGA